CACUCUCUCCACAACCAGUCCAGUCCACCCUCCUCCUCCACACUCUCCACAACCAGUCCAUCCAGUCCAUCCUCUUCCACACUAUCUCCACAACCAGUCCAGUCCAUCCUCUUCCACACUAUCUCCACAACCAACCUGCGAGUGAGCCAGUGA